AUCGGAGUUUAGAGCUUCGGAGCUUCUUUUCUGGAGGCAGCGACCAUCCGACCACCGGACCUGCAUUGUGGCCAUGCGCCAUGCAACCUAAGACCUAAGCAUUGAUAGAUACGAGAUGUCUUCCGGUAGUUACGUCGAGCGACACGCAGGUCGGAUCAAAGAAACCUCGAACUGGCUAAUCUAGUUCGUUUAACAAGCAAAUGUCGGAUGGUCGGAGCACCCAAAGCGGACGGUCAAGUGGGGCCAACCUUAACUAGCGGGCCAACUUAAGCUUAAAAUACUUUAUUUCUCUCCUCUUCAAUAUCAUUAUUGUUUGCGCCGACACGGAAAGCCACGCAGUGUGUAGUACCGUAUGUCUAGCGCUCGACAGGAGACAAAUAAUGAGAAGAGCCCCCUGGAAGGUCUUCUGGAAGGGGAAAACGUCUUCUUCUUGCUGAUGCUUUUCUUUUGAAAAAUGUUUUGUCCAAAGCGAGGACGGUCGGAGCCGGAACUUACUACACUCGGAGGAAUUGACUAGAAAGGAAAGCCGGCGAAGUUGAUAUUCUGUGUCGAGAGAGGUAUGGAUAGCUGCAGAGAGGCCAUUCAGGUGCAAGUGAAAGGAUUAUUGGCUCUAUUUAAAUCGGUAACUGCUGUUGUUGCGGGAGGACAACCUAGACAUAGAGGGAGCCACUUUUCAACCGUCAUCCACGUCCUCACAAUCUCAUCAUAAUACGCCAAAGAAAAACAGCCGCGCCAGCCAUUCAAAAUGUCAAUUCCCAGCGUUCCCACGGGCGUCAUUGUUCCCAUGCCUACCUAUCUCUUCAGUGCAACAGUGACGCUCGCAAAGCCACUCGACCCAAUUCCACUCCUCGAGGGUGGCGUCCGCAUCGUUGAGCCCAUCACCGGCGGAACCAUCGAAGGCCCGGCUUUCAAUGCCACUAUCGAAGGCGGGGUCGCCUCCCCAAUUAUCGUCAAGGGUGAUGAUGGGGCAAAAGCGCAGAUGGCAUACAUUUACGCGUACGGCCAUGCCAGCGACGGAUCGCCGUUUUAUAUCGAGGAAAGCGGUAUCGGGUCUGGCGCAACUCAGAACACUAGAUUGAUUAUCCAAGUUGGAGGAAAGUACCAGGGUCUCCAGACGAUGUAUGUGCUAGGACAGCCAACAGUCAACGAGGCCAGGACCGUGGCAUCGGUGGAGUGUUUUAGCAUACCGCUUCCCUGA